CUGAAUGAACGGUCUGCCUGACAGCACAAGGAUUGAACACCCCCAAAACCGUAAACAUAGUUUGUGAACGGCUGCACCGUCAGUGCUGUUUGUUUGUCAGCCUGUUUAUUUUCGUGACACUUGCGUAACAAAGUAAGUUUUCUGACAAAAGCAGACACGCAGUUUUAGUUGAGCCUGUAAAUCAGGUUUUUCAGUGAUUUUACUAACAAGUGGUCUGUUUACUGAGCCAUUGUCAGUUGUCGAGGCACCGGCUAAGCUACCCAUUGUGCACGAAGCUGCCGUUUAUACAUAACGUCAGCCAGCUGUUUGCCAUGCCAGUGUUGCUGCAGCGCCCCCGAGCGGCUGUGGCCUGUCUGCUCCUGUACUGUUUGACCUAUGGCCUGUCCAGCCCAGACCCGAGGCAGAGAGAGGCCCUUAUAAAGCUGGAGGCCUCCAUGCAGCUGGGCGGGCAGAUUGUAUUGACUGAUGCUGAGCAGCGGCUGGACGCUCUUCUGUUUAAAAUGAAGAAGGAGGAGAUGAUGAGAGCAGACUUCCCCCCCGCCAUGCACUUCUUCAAAGCCAGGGCCCUCAUCGGGGCCAGUCCCAUCUUCAGGCUGCUCCAGAAGAUGCCUAAAGGGGGAGCUCUCCAUGUCCAUGACUUUGCCAUGACUAGCGUGGAGUGGCUAGUGAAAAAUGCGACCUAUCGGCCCCACUGCUACAUGUGCCUCACAGACAGCCAGUCCGUGAGAUUCAUCUUCUCGUCCCAGCAGCCCAAAGCUCUGCCCCAGUGCUCUCCCUGGACCCUGCUGGAAAACCUCAGGGCCAAGGUGGUCAACGUCACAGAGCUGGACAACAGUAUCAUGAGCAAUCUGACAAUCUUCACCGAUCAGGAUCCAGAAACGGUGUACCCCAGUCAGGAUGAGAUAUGGACGACGUUUGAACAGGCCUUCUUAGCAUUGUUGGGUCUGGUCACAUACGCUCCUGUGUUCAGAGACUACUAUUACCAAGGCCUCACUGAGUUUCACACAGACAACGUCAUGUAUCUGGAACUACGGGCUUUACUCCCAGAGAUAUACGAGUUGGAUGGCAGCACUCAUGACACAGCCUGGACUCUGAAGACCUACCAGCAUGUCACCAGACAGUUCAUAACAGAGCACCCAGACUUCUUUGGAACCAGAAUCAUUUUCACAGUCCAUAGGGCAGUAAAUACAUCUGUGUUGACCAGAACUGUAGAGGAGGCCAUGAAGCUACAGAGAGACUUCCCAGAUAUCAUGGCUGGUUUUGACCUGGUGGGCCGCGAGGACAGUGGCAAACCCCUGUGGUACUUCAAAGAUGUCUUGUCACUGCCAGUAGAGAGAGGAGUGACACUUCCUUUCUUUUUCCACGCUGGAGAGACCGAUCUUGAGGGCACAGAGGUGGACCAGAACAUGCUGGACGCUCUUUUGUUGAACACGUCUCGUAUUGGUCAUGGAUUUGCUCUGCUUCGCCACCCAGUGGCCAAAGAUCUAUCCAGGAAGAAAGGUGUAGCUCUGGAAGUGUGUCCCAUCUCCAACCAGGUGAUGAUGUUAGUAAAGGAUCUACGAAACCAUCCGGCAGCUGCACUGAUGUUGGAGAACCACCCACUGGUCAUCAGUUCUGAUGACCCUGCCAUGUUUGGUUCCUCUGGGCUCUCUUAUGACUUCUAUGAAGCUUUUGUUGGCUUUGGAGGGAUUAGAUCCACUCUUGGUUCCCUCAAAGAGCUGGCUAUAAACUCUAUUAGAUAUAGUUCUUUGACUCCGAAACAACAGCAGACAGCACUGGCUCUUUGGCAGAGAAGAUGGGAUAAGUUUGUCUCUGAAAAUGCAGUUUAAAAGAAACCAGAAUUUUUUAAACAUUUGAAUGCGCAUUUUAACAUCGCAUCAGAAAAGGGAAACAGCAAAAUGAGCUUAAUGGUCAAUGAAAAACCUUUUUUUUUUUUUUUUAAACGUUGAGCUCUUUCUGCUCUGCUAGUUUCCUCAUCUCUCACAUGGCCCUAUAAUACAUCCAUGAUCACUCCACGCAGAUCUGAUGUGACCUUACUCACAUUAAUACAUGAAACAAACAAAUGUUAUGUUUCAUCACGUUUUCUGUUUGAUUUUCAACAGUUGAGGUUGCAGUGGCGCUUUUGAUUACAUCUUGUUGCGUACAUUUGAAUGUAAAGUCUUCAAAUGCGCUCAUGCCUCCGUUGAGAAAGGAAUGCCUUUUAGUAUAGGUUAUUUAAAAACAGGAUGUGAAACAAGCAAACUUCCAAUGGAAUCAAUAAAAUCUUAUUGUAUCUUAAAAAUGUCUUCUUCUGAGAAGUUGUCUGCUAUAAAAAGAGCCUAUUGUUUGACAGAAGGUGAAGUUGUGCCAGCAUACAACAGGCCUGAGCCAUGUCCCAUAAAAAUGUAUGAUUACUUCACUACUUUGAAAGCUUCAAUCAAAGGCACCUUGUUAUGUGACAUUUUAUUGUAUUUGCACUGAAAGAUUCAGGUUUGCAACAGUGGCAGUACUGGUUGAGGUGCUAAAUGAUGUUUGAUUUUGCAGCAUCUUUGUGGUUUGUUGUGCCUGUUAAAUUUUGUGUUUUUAGAUUUUUAGCUGUGAUUCAUGUAUAAAGGGGCAUAAUUGAACUUGCACACUUCAAUCAAUCACUGCAAUCUAUGAAAAAAGGGUAUUGUUGAGAGCAUUAGCUAAGAUUCAUAAUGAACAACUGUUGGCAUCAUCCAUUUAUUUAAAUGUUGUAAACUGCUGAACUUAUUUGACAUAAUUAAAAACUACUGUUGAUUUGU